UAUUUCCAUUUUCCACCGCCUAUCGCUUUCCCAUUUCCUCAUCUUCUUCGCCUUCUCCAUUUUCGUUCAUUCAACGGCAUCUCUCUCAAAUUCGCCGGAAUAUCUUCUGGUGACCGGAAUAUAAUUUAGUAGUUACAAAAUAUUGUUACCAUGGGUGAAGAAGUGAACCUAACCGACGAUGAAUACAGCGGUGGUAACGAUGACAGACUUCUCUGGGAGGUUGGACUUCCCGACAUCGAUGAUCUCACGCCGUUGACUCUGCAGUUGAUUCCCUCGGAACUCGCUGCUGCGUUCAGAAUAUCGCCGGAAUUGUCAAAGACGAUGGCCGAUGUAAAUCGUGCUUCGCAGAAUACGUUUUCUUCUCUCCAGAGAUGGCACUCACAGGAUAUGGCUUCGAUGAAUAACUCAUAUUUCAAGCCGUUUAGCUAUGAGAGGACUAGAGAAGAGACUGUUACUGAAAGAGAUGAAACGGAUCUGAUAAGAGAGGGAUCCGACCCGAGGAAGCUCCGACGGGUUGAAUCCGGAGGCACUGAGGAGGGUGAUUCAUCUCUGUGUAACGAGAAUUUUGCGGAUGAUUCCUCUGCUAAGACUCCGAAGCGGCCCAGACUUGUUUGGACGCCGCAGUUACACAAGCGUUUUAUUGAAGUGGUGGCGCACUUAGGUAUCAAAGGGGCUGUGCCGAAAACAAUUAUGCAGCUUAUGAAUGUGGAAGGAUUGACGAGAGAGAACGUAGCAAGUCAUUUACAGAAAUACAGAUUGUAUACGAAGAGAAUGCAGCCGAACGAGGGUCCUUCUUCGUCUGAUCAUUUGUUUACUUCCACACCGGCGGCAGAGAGUAUGCGUGAGUCCAGUGAGGGUGGUCACCUGCGCAAUACUAAUGGCCACAUGGCAACGCCAACUCUGAUGCCGUACCAACCACAAAUGGUGCCUAUGCCAAUGAUGGGAAUGCCAAAUGGAGGACAUGUAGGCAUGCCUGUUGGUUACGGGGGUGGACCGCCACUUGGGUUUCAUCAUCACUAUAAUAUGGUGCCGCAGCGGGACUGGUCUGGAAAUAAUUUUGGUUACUAUCAUCCUGUUGCUUCUAAUGAUAAGUAGCUCCAGAAGCUGGGUGCAGACCUGCAAAUCAUGGAGGAAUCAUGGCAGAUUCAUGUGGUGGUGUUCUCUGGUAAAAUCUGGGACAAAUUUGAGUUAGACAGCAGAUAGGCAGUUGGUCUGAUUUAUCCUUGCGAUGCAUUUUAGUUGUCUUUUUCCUGAAAUAUGUCUCGUCCAGCAGCAGCAAAUCGUUUGCAGUACAACACCGACGUGUCCUUUGAAUGCUAAAUGGUGUAUCGUUUUUGUAGUAAUGGGUGUGUUGAACCUUCUUUUUCCGCAAUGAUCUAGAGAGUAAUAUAAAACGUUGUCAGCAGCCCGAACAUAUUGGGUAUUUGAAUCUUCAUCCUUCUUUUUCUUCUUCUUUCACUCUUCUUCUAUAAGAAAUUAAUUAUUUGCUCCAUA